AUGCCACGUGUGACGAAGAAGACUGUCAAGCCGGUGAACAAGCCUGCGGGUACUGAAGUGAUGGAUCCGGCAGCUAAGGGGCACCAGUCAGAGCCGGCUACGCCGAAGCCGCAGUUGAAGGACGUGGAAGGCCCUUUUGACGGUGGUGUGCGCGCAUCGCUGGCGAAGAGGCUGUCUGCGCUUAAGUUUCCUUCGUCGGAUGCGCCUGUUGUGGAUGGGGACAACAAUACUAACGAAGGACAAGGCAAAGAGGAGGAGGUGAAAUCGCCGAUCGCUGCUCCCGAUGCACCUGAGGAGGGGAGUGAAGACGAGGAAGAAGAAGAUGAUGGGUAUCUUAUUGAUGACCCUGAGGAGCGUUUUGACCCGGUGAAAGCUGGAGAAAUUGCUGCGCGCGCGGGGUUCCGAUCAAGCACGAGGAGGAGGUCCCCCGCACUAUUGACACGGUCAAGGGACUCCUCGCGCUGUGGAGGAAGUUUAUACGGUGCUGGAGAAGCGGGGUCGGACGCCUUUCCUCAGUGGAGCUGCUUUCCACAGGGUGGUAGAUCCGGCUACCGGUGCAGACACUGA